AUGUCUGACCAACCCGAGACUCCUUCCAAUAGUAGAAAUUCUCAUGAAAAUGUUGGCGCAAAGAAAGCUGACGCUAAUGUUGCCUCGAAAUUCAGAAGCUUGCAUAUCUCUGAAACCACUAAGCCAUUAACAUCAACUAGAGCUUUAUACAAAACCACAAGAAACAAUUCAAGAGGUGCGACAGAAUUCCAUAAACAUGUUUGUAAGUUAGCAUGGAAAUAUCUUGCUUGUAUUGAUAAAUCGUCGAUAUCACACAUUGAAAUCGAAAUGAAAUUUGGUGUUAUAACAGACAAAAGGACACAUCGCAGGAUGACACCACACAACAAGCCCUUUAUUGUUCAAAACAGAAAUGGCCGCUUAGUGUCUAACGUUCCUGAGCAAAUGUUCUCGAGUUUCCAGGAGCUACUCCGCUCAAAAUCGGAGAAUCCAAGUAAAUGUGCCCCAAGAGUAGUAAAACAGGUACAAAAGUAUACGAAAGAUUCUAUAUAUAACUGCAACAAUGCCUCGAAAGUUGGCAAAUUAACUUCAUGGCGUUGUUCGGAAGACCUUAGAAACAAAGAACUUAAACUUACUUACAUCAAAAAGGUCCGGGUCAAGGAUUUUCUCAUUCGCUAUCCUCAAAGUUCAUUAGACGCUAAAAUUAGCAUCAGCCUUGAAGUGCCUGAAUACGAAACUUCUGCCGCUUUCAGGAAUGGCUUUAUUUUACAAAGAACCAAAAGCCGUUCCACCUACACCUUUAAUGAUAAAAUGCCUUUACACUUGGAUUUGACAAAGGUUACUACCACGCGAAGGAACUCCCAUCAAUACACGUCCCAUGAAGUGGAGGUAGAAAUGGAUCCUAUAUUCAAGGAGACAAUUUCCGCUAAUGAUAGGGAGAAGUUUAAUGAGUAUAUGUGCUCGUUUUUGAAUGCCAGCGACCUUAUACGUAAGGCUGCAGAACGCGAUAACAUGUUAACGACAUGA